CCGUGCACUGUCCCCACGGAAACUUGCUGUGCAUCCAACCCGAUUUCAUUGUUGCCAAGCCAUAUCCCACGGUCGCAUACUACGUCCCCGUGCGAUUCCAAUCGUAUGUGGAGGGAGGGAGAUAGAGGAAUUGUAGGAGACGAAAGCGGGCGAGAGAGAAUGACGGAGCGAUGGAGCCGCGAGUGUGGUGGACAAAUCUGACAGAAGCGAAGACAAAGAAGAAAGAAAAAUGAGGAGAGAGAUGAGAAAAAGGAAACCGAGGAAGAAGAAUCAGGAAGUUUGUUGCGUCGCCUGAACCCUGCCGUCGGUCUCCGAUGCCCAGAACGCGAUCAUUUUGAUGGGUCUCGUGUUCCCGGACUCGUUCGAGGCAGGUUGAAGAACGAGAUAAUAACAGAUGGCAUCAUCUCAUAGCGCAGACAAUGUAAUGCAAUGCAAAACUUGUCGCUGUGGGGAGGGGGAUACCAAUUUCUGGAUCACCAGGGGCUCUGACAAUCCUGACAAGCAAUCAAAUAAUUGUCCUAAUUGCAAUGUUUUCAAGAGUGGACCACUCUUCAUUUCAUCUAAAGGAAUAGGUUGGACAUCAUGGAAAAAACGUUGGUUUGUCCUAACACGCACAUCAUUGGUCUUUUUUAGAACUGACCCUGCUGCUCUCCCUCAAAAGGGAAGUGAAGCAAAUGUAACGCUUGGUGGUAUUGACCUGAAUAAUUCAGGAAGUGUUGUCGUGAAAGCAGACAAAAAGAUUUUAACAGUAUUGUUUCCUGAUGGCCGGGAUGGGAGAACUUUUACAUUAAAGGCAGAAACUUCUGAGGAUCUAUACGAGUGGAAAGCUGCAUUAGAGAAUGCUGUGGCACAAGCACCUAGUGCAGCCCUUGCAUUGGGACAGAAUGGAAUAUUCCACAAUGAAAUAACUGAAUCAAUUGAAGCUUCACAUGAUCAAUGGAAAGAUACACAGCCUGCGACAUCCACUGUGAUUGGUAGGCCUAUCUUGCUUGCACUUGAAGACAUUGAUGGAAGCCCAUCAUUCUUGGAAAAGGCCCUCAGGUUCAUUGAGCAACAUGGAAUCAAAGUGGAAGGUAUCCUGCGGCAGUCUGCUGAUGUUGAAGAGGUAAAAUGCAGAGUUCGUGAAUAUGAACAGGGAAAAAAUGAGUUUUCUUCAGAUGAGGAUGCACAUGUUGUUGGAGACUGUAUCAAGUAUGUGCUGCGAGAGUUGCCAUCUUCUCCUGUUCCUGCAUCUUGUUGUACCGCACUGGUUGAAGCAUAUAGAACUGAUCGUGGAAUCAGAGUUGACUCUAUGCGCACUGCAAUAUACAAAACUUUCCCAGAGCCUAAUCGUCGUUUACUGCAAAGGAUUCUUAAGAUGAUGCAAACAGUGGCCGAGAAAAAGUCUCAGAACCGUAUGUCACUUUCGGCUUUAGCAGCUUGCAUGGCUCCAUUACUUCUCCGCCCUCUUCUUGCUGGUGAUUGUGAAUUUGAAGAUGAUUUUAAUAUGGGUGGAGACGGUUCUCUUCAACUUCUGAGAGCGGCGGCAGCUGCUAACCAUGCUCAAGCCAUUGUCAUAAUUCUGUUGGAGCAGUAUGACAGUGUUUUUGAUGAGGAUUUCUUGCGUGAGAGCUCAAUCUCAUCAGGGCUUUACUCUGACUCUGGAGAUGGUGAUGUUGAAGAUGAUGAUUCAACUGAUAAUGACAUUCCAGAUGAUGAUGAAUAUCAUGAUGAGCAUAAUAGUGAUGAUGAUUUGACUGAUACUGACACUCCAGGAGAUGAUGGAUACUCUGAUGAGAAUAAUGGUCUUGAAGCAGAUAUAGAUGAUGAUUCUGAAUGCUUGUCCACUAAACCAAUUAGUGAAAGCAACAGCAAUGUUGGAAGUGAUCCACAUGAUAAUAAGGUCCUGGACAAUCAGAAGAGAGAUGGUGCAUCUCUGCAAGACAGUGAUGUUCUUGAUGCCCCCAAAAUUCUGGCAGAUUCAGUACAUGAUACUUCUUUACAAGAAGUUUGUCAGAAAAAAUUAUCAUCGGUAUCUGAGAUUCCAUAUCUUGAGGAUUCUAGUGCACAGAAAUGUGAAACUUUGCUGCACGAUGAAAGUAAUGCAAUAGGUUCUCAUGUUAGUGCCUCCCACGAAUCUAUUGGUGACAAUUCUACUUCCACAAGUCCAAUGCCAAAGUCUGUUAGUCAUAUUUUAUCUUCAAGUGCUCGAAAAGCUAUAGACAAGCCAAAUGAACCAGUUGUCUGUGCAAGACGACCUACUAUAUGGGGACGUACCUCUGCGAAAAAGAACCUUUCCAUGGAGUCAAUUGACUUGUUAAGUGAAGAUGAGAUUGCUAUUCAAAAUCUUGAGAACACUAAGAAUGACCUUCAAAAUAAAAUUGCCAAGGAGGUAAAGGGAAAUGCAGUUUUACAAGAAAGUUUGGAAAGACGAAAGGAAGCUUUGGAUGAGCGUCGUUUAGCUCUUGAGCGAGAUAUAGAAAGACUGCGCGAGCAACUACAAAAGGAAAGAGAUCUGAGAGCAUCCUUAGAAUCUGGAUUAAUGAACAUGCGACCUGGGCUUGUAUCUUUUUCAUCUGCUAUGGACAGCAAGACAAGGGAGGAUCUAGAGGAAGUCGCUCUUGCUGAAGCAGAUAUAGUUACUUUGAAGCAGAAAGUUGCUGAUCUUCGUGGUCAGCUUAAUCAUGAGCUAAAACAAAGCUAUGCUUCCUUAUGCGAGUCAUGUGGCAAAUGUUUCCACAGUAGGGAUCAUUCUGCAGAGAAAGAUCAGUCGGAAGAUGUUAGUAGCAUCAAUCUUGUUGAUCAACAUGAGAAUUUUCUGAAACAAGAUGAUGCCCUCUCUGGAGUAGUCUGUGAAACUAUGCCAGCAAAAGAGCAAGAGUUGCCUUCUUCAAGAGAAGCAGAGCCUCCUCAGUAUCAAAACAGAGAACCAACUAGUCAGACUACUAUCUCUUUGGGAACCAGAAGUGCGUCAUCUACUAAGGACUCAAUUGCAAAGCUCUCUUCUGAGGAUGAGGAUACAAAAAAGACAGAAGCACAAGGCUUGCUAUCUUCUCCAAGAGCUGAGACUUCAUCUGGGCAGCUCCAGGCCAAUCAACGUGGUAUAAAGUCUCCAGUUUCAAGCUGCAUCUCAAAUAUUGAGGAGCCAGUGACGACUACUUGCAAGUCUCUUUCAAAGAAUUCCACUUCCAGGGGUGAGAACUCUCCAGGCUAUGAGAAUAUGGAAGGUCAAUGCCAAGAAUCAAUGUCAUCAUCAGAUGGGCAACCACCUCAGAAACAGAGAAUGAAUAUAGUUAAGCAAAGCAGUAAACUCCCCCAGGGCCCUAAUAAAGUUCUUCCAUCUACUGAAGAGUCGGUGAAAGUUGGACAGAAUACUGCUUCAAAGAAAUUCUCUUUGUGGGGUCAGAAUGUGAAGAAGGAAGCCCAAGAUCCAUCUUUGUCUAAUAAGCAGUCCAACAACCCACGGCCAAGUGACACAGAAUCAAAUAGUCUGAAAUCUCAGACUUCUGCUAGUGUUUCAUCUUCUGUGGAGUUGGCAAUAGCUGGGCUCAGUGGAACCACAAAAAAACACUCUUCCAGACCUGAGGAACAAGUCUCUUCAUCAGCUUCGGCACUUGCAAAGUUGACAAACCGCCUAAACUUUUUGAAGGAACGUCGUGCCCAACUCGUAAACGAGCUACAAUUUGUGCAGAAUAAUCAUACUUUAGGUCAAGAUGGUCCUCCCCCAAGAACCAAGUCAAGAUGACCAUGAAUAAAAAAGGAGCUGCAUUGUGAUCCAGAGCGUGAAGCUGCUGCUUCUGCUUCCAUCGAGUAGUUCAUGAUGCCUGGCACGAGGCCAUAAUAAAUGCUCCUCCCUAAUCGGUGAAAGCUCAUGAUCAUGGUGUUUUGACACUUACCGACAGCUAAACACUUCUUUUACUUCCAUCUCUGCUGAGAAAUUGCCAAUAGGGAGGAUUACUAGUAGGCUUGUAAAACCUACGUGAAAACUAUGACAGAUAAUUUUGAGUAAGCUCUUAUAAUAUUUGUCAUUGGAUUGCA